GCGAACGCGACGCGGCACGCGAAUUCACGCGGACCCCUGUCGUUUCAUCUCAGAUCGCACUCGAGCCGCAACCUUAAUUCCACGGCAAACAACAACAGCGAGUCAACACGCCAAAACCGGCCUGACAUAUCCACACUGCACAGGCCCGCCCCAAGCGUUCACACCCUCCCUCCCCACUCCAACUUGUUGGCGCAAGAAAUGGGCGCGCCAGGCAGAACCCUUCCACACACACACCAGCGAUCAUGAUCGUGCGGGAGAGCCCCAAAGCCAAGGGCACAGGCACAACCAACCCCCCAAACUGGCCGCCCAAGUCCCCCUACGAGGCCCUGAUCAGCUCGCCGUCGGGCCGCCGCCGCUACGAGGAGCGCCGCGCGCGCAGUUCCGUGUCGCCGUCGCCUGCGAAGCGCCGGCCCGUGUCGCAGCCCCAGGCGCACGACGAUGGCGACACCACCGAGGACGAGGACGAGGAGACACUGCAGCUGAAGUUACAGGCCAUCGAGGCUCGCCUGAAGUUGAAACAGCUGCAGAAGGCUCGCAAAACCGAGCCUGAGAGCCGCGCAAUACCGUCGCGCCCCGUCACCGCAGCUGGACUGCGCCGGACCGAGCGGCCACGAUCAGAUGCCGACGUGCAGGUGCCUGUGUCGCCCAUGCGAGCUCGACAUAAGCCAACCGAGCCGCGAAGCCCUGCGCGCGUACUGCUCGGCAUCGACAAGGGCCUCAAGGCGUCUGACGUCAGCCUUAAGCGUCCUGGCCAGAUUCGAGCCACGAACGGGAUCGCUCGCUCCAACACUACUGGUGCGGUGGGAACACCGAGGAUCAAGUCGUUCAGCGAGCGCAUUGCCGAGAGCAGGGUCAAGGAGAAGCAGCGCGAGGAGAACGAGCAGAGGCAUGAGGAGAGGAAGGCGAGAGGGUUUGGGUCGAGCAGUAUCGCAGGGCUCAAACGCGAGCGGCCACCGUCGUCACGAGGCUCUUCGUUCACUUCGGAUACGCAGAGCUCUUUCGCAAACAUGCCGCAGACAAGGGUCUCAUUUACGGAUAUGCCGACACGAAGCUCUUUCACAGACGUGCCCCAAACGCGGAGCUCCUUCGCCAAUACUCCGCAGACAAGGACUUCAUUCGCAGACGUGCCACAAACACGGACCUCUUUCGCCGAUAUCCCGCAGACGCGCAGCUCGUUCACAGACAUGCCACCACCAGGGCUGAAAACGCACAGCAGGACGCAUAGCCGACUGUUGAGCUCGCAAGAGAGCGCGCCCACACCACGACGAGGCUCGAUACCUGACGCACGUCCACCAUCUUCUGUGUCAAGACCAAAGAGUUUCCCGGCGCCAGCAACCACCUCGAGUUUCUCCAAGUACGAGGAGAUUGCGCAGCGCAGUGACAGCUUCGACGGUCCUAGCUUCGAGUCGCUAUCAGGCCUGCAUCUGAAGUCGCGCGAGAUGCAGCAUAGUGUCGUCACACGCACGCUGGAAGGCAAGACGGUGUUUACGAUACCGCAGCUCUUGAAAACCGUCAAAGGGCCUGCUUACGAUCCGCCGGACUGGGAGCACGACUAUGUCGUUAUGGGCGUGAUCUGCUCCAAGUCCUCUCCUCGCGAUACUCAAAACUCAGCUCGAGACAACAGCCGAGGCAACCAGGAACGCAAAGAGCAUGGCAAGUUUAUGGUCAUACGACUGACGGAUAUGAAAUGGGAACUCGACCUCUUCUUAUUCGACAGCGGCUACGAGCAUUUCUGGAAGCUGCCCAUUGGCACGCUGGUCGCCAUUCUGAACCCCGACAUCAUGCCACCCAAGGAUCGUAAUAGCGGGAAGUUCUCUCUAAAGCUUACGAAUUCCGACGAUACUAUACUUGAGAUCGGUGUUGCAAGAGACCUGGACUUUUGUCAUGCCAAGAAGAAGGACGGCAAAGAAUGCGGGCAAUGGAUCGACGGACGCAAGACUGAGUUCUGUGAAUUUCAUCUAGCGUUGCAAGUCGAGAAAAGUAAGAGAGGCCGCAUGGAGAUAAAUGGCAUGGUUGGCACUGGAGGCGGUGGGGGUAGUGGGGGUGGCAUGUUUGGCCGAAAGCCUCCAAAUGGGUUCCAAGGCGAUGCCCUGCGUAAAGAAGGCAAAUACCACGACAGGUUCCUGCACGAGACAAUGUUCAUUGCGCCAAGACCUGGCGGUGCUGCGCGCAUGCUGGACAAAGACGACCAAGGCUUUGAGCGUGGUGGUAGUCGCGAAGAGCGUCACCGCAGACAGCUUGCCGCAAAAGAGAAGGAGCGAGACUUGGCCAAAAGACUGGGCGAAAUGGGAGAAGGCACCACAGGUGGCGACUACCUAAAGAGGAGAACAAACCCCUCGGCACCGCUUUCCACUACAAUUUCCCAGGAGCUGGCCAACGCAAGACAGGAGAAGGCCACGGAGUGCGACUACAAAGGCCUCCUAAACCGGAAGGCAGCCGACGUUUCUCUGAACCGAAAAGCUAGUGGUUCUCUUAUACCGUCGAAACGAAAGUACUCUAACGCGACCAAGACCGCUGCCAGCACCAGUGCCCCUGUCGGUUGGGCGGGCGCCAGCAGACGGACCCUUGUUCUGUCGCCACAGAAACCUCGCGCUCUCUCACCAACCAAGAGUCGCCCUGAUUCUGCUCUGCGCGGAACAAGAGCAAGCAGUCCAGCGAAGAAGAAAGCACGUCUGCUACUGCCCGAGAAAGGCAUCCGUGAGCCCGGCCGCGAGAGCCUUGGAGGUCUCGAUGUCGGGCUCAUUGCAGCCAUGGAUAUGGAUGAUGACGAUGACGAUUUGGAAGUCCAAGAAGGUUGGCAACGAUUAUGGCGUUUAAAAUGCGACCCGCUGAUUGGUUGGGCUAAGCGAGGCAACAUCGCGUCAUUAGAGAAAGAGCAGGGAACACUUGAUAAUUACGAGGAGCAAGGCACGUGCUUUAACAUGGCAUCAACUUCUCCAGCCUCGGAUGCACCAAUCCACGCACUCAUCGACUACGAAGACCCCUACGUUCAGCCCCUUAUUCUCUCAGCACUUGAGAAGUGUCUUCCCGCUUCGUCUUACAAGCUCAUCAAAUCGCUUAAGGAUCUUCCUUCUUCAUCAACACCAUGUCUCCAGUUUGUACAAUACGAGUCUAUCGACUGGGAUCAUCUCAUGUCAAACUCCAAGUCCCUGGCCAACGCAUACGUCAUUCGAAAAGCGCUCAUCAGAAAACACUACCUCAGCACUACCAUUGCAAACUGGAUCACGAAGUACCCCGAUAGUGCGUUGAAGAGCGGCGCGAAGCCGAGUGUGGAGUUUGAAGUUGACUACGCAGAGUUUUUGGAUGACGCGCUUGUUGAGGCGUGGGAACUGAAGGAGAGCUGGGCGCGCAAUGAGCAGUUUGGAGAGGACGAGAAGGAGAAGCGCGAGUGGUGGAUUCUGAAGCCAGGGAUGAGUGACAGAGGACAGGGCAUUAGAUUAUUCUCGAGCGAAGAAGAGCUGACAGAAAUCUUCGAGGAGUGGGAUCCCGAGAGCGAUGAUGAAGAGGAGGAGGAAGACGCCCGAAGUGACACAGGGCGAACCGACGACAACGACGGCAUCGUCACAAGCCAACUCCGCCACUUCGUUGCCCAACCCUACAUCCACCCGCCCCUCCUCCUCGCGCCCCCCGGCGACCCUACCCAACUCCGCAAAUUCCACAUCCGCACCUACAUCCUCGCCACCGGCGCCCUCCGCGUCUCAAUCUACAAGCCCAUGCUCGCCCUCUUCGCCGCAAGCCCCUACUCGCCCCCUUGGACCACCCCCUUCGACUCCCCCGCCGCCCGCGACGAAGCCCUACGCGCCCACCUCACAAACACCUGUCUGCAGGACUCCGGCGACCGCGACGGCUCCGUCGGCCUGUUCUGGGACCUGCCCGAGGCGCUCCCUUCACACCCGGACGCGCCGCGUGACUGGAAAGAUCGCGUCUUUGACCAAAUCAAGGCCAUCACGGCCGAGACCUUCGAAGCUGCGGCGCGGGGCAUGAGCAUCCAUUUUCAGCCGCUGCCGAACGCGUUUGAGGUGUUCGGGCUGGAUUUCAUGGUCGGCAUUGAGGCGGAUGGCGCGCUGAAUACGUAUCUGCUCGAGGUCAAUGCGUUUCCUGAUUUCCGGCAGACGGGGGAGGAGUUGAGUGGGGUGGUUGCGGGGCUGUUUGAGGGCGUUGUUGGGGAGGCUGUUGCGCCGUUUUUUGGCGUGGAGAGAGAGGGGGAGGGAGACGGGAGGAUGGUGAGGGUAUUGGAUGUUGAUCUGGGGAGGAGGUAG